AUGGACGACAGACGGCCUUCAUUAGCUGUAAUGACAGAGCCGUCCGGAAUGAUCCCCCCUGAUGAGGUGUGUACGACAAGACUGGGCCGGCCGUUUGCUGCCAUGCCAGCUGUAGACGAUACGCUGUUCAACUCAACUGCUAACACGAUGCGCUCGACACAGUCUGCGGUGUCACCACCGGAUGACUUCGACGAAGGCAACGAUAUUGGAAGCUUCCAGUCUUCGCUGACUUCUGUUACCUCGUCCAUCCUUCAUGGUGUUGUGGGAGAAGGCCAGCGUGUGUACGCUGCCUAUGGCAAAGAAGAGUAUGGACUGCCGAUGGAUGACCAAGAGUUGGAUCGCAUGGAUUUGUGCCACACCAAAUAUUACGCUCUCUUGAAGCAGCGACGCUUUCUAUCACCGAUUGGCGAGAACCCCCAGAGGAUCCUGGAUCUAGGAUGCGGCACAGGUAUAUGGUGUGUCGAGGUCGCCGAUGACUACCCCGGAGCACAGGUUGUUGGCGUUGAUAUAGCCCCUACCCAACCACAAUGGGUACCGCCAAACUGCCAGUUCGAGCUCGACGACAUUGAACAAAAUUGGACGUGGAAAUCAGACAGCGCCGACUUCAUAUUCUCUCGUGACUUGAUCUUAUCAAUACGAAAUUUUCCCAGAUUAAUUGACCAAGCAUAUAGGCAUCUAAAACCUGGUGGAUGGGUUGAAUUUCAAUGCUAUACCGGAUUGCUACAUUGCGAUGACGGCACAUUAUCCGAAGAGAGUACGUUUCGGAACUGGGCGAAUCUCACGAAGACGGCUUGCGAAAGAUUCGGUACUCCGGUGGAUGAUCCGACCCGAUUCAAACAGUGGUUUGAAGAACGCGGAUUUGAAUGCGUGACGGAAGAGGUGUACAAGAUGCCCUGUACGCCCUGGGCCAAGGACCAGCGCUUGAAGCUUAUUGGAGCCUGGGAACAACACAACUUGAUGAAUCAUCUAGAAGGCAUGACUAUGCGACUAUUCCAAAAGAGCCUGGGUUGGACGGAAGAGGAGAUUUUGGUAAUUUCUGCCAUGCUACGAAAGGAAUUGCGAGACCUGGGCGUUCAUGCCUACUGGCCUUACUACGUGGUGUACGCUCGUAAGCCCGUGAGGCCAACGGGCCAAUCGUGA